AUGAGUUCAACGAACCAUGAUCAUUAUAAGCGCAUUAAUGCUAUAUGCAUCGAUGUCAACAAGAUGCUUUCUCAUUACGGGGAUGCACAGGAGAUCGAUGCAGAGCCAAUGAAAUCCUCCUCAAGAGCCAAGCGUUUUACGCCGCAUUACCAGGGUAAACUACGCUCGACUAAAGUCUCUUCUCCACGCACUUUGCUGGCUGGUGUGCCCACGAAGGGCGUUACAGCAGAUGAUGCAUCUACUAAAAGUGGGUGUUGCUUUUGGUCGAUGGGGACAAUGAACUCGCUUCCGCCACUUUCUCCAGCUGACCCAUUAAUUCUGGAUAGUAUCUUGCGAUGUGAUGUCAACGACGAGGAUAAAAAGUCUUCUGUCUCUAGCUCGUCUCAUCGUGUCGAAGAAUAUAGAGUUUCGUGCAGCUUUUCAAAGCCUAAAUCUGAGUUCGUAGUCACGGUGCCGUCGCAGUUAGGCAGUACGCGAAGAAAGCCCCAGCGUCUCUCCCCUGACGCUUCUUCAAGACAGAAAUCUUCAGCGGGGGGACGAUACUUUGAUACAGAGUCACGUUCCGGGGGCUUUUUUUCGCGCAAUCGGGCUAUGCCCAGCACUAGUUUGAUAGUUUCUUCAGAUAAUAAAGGCAUGGUGAAGAAGGGAUCGUCCCGUGCGAGUUUGCACAGUCCCGCCUUUGUGUCGGACUCUGCACCUCAUGCUCCAGUUUCUUCCAUUUCAGGCAGUUCGAAGUUCUCGGAAGAGGUUAUUUUGGACGCUUCAUCACAUCCGGCGGCGGCUGAGGCGAGCAAGGAUAUCAUGUACGGUUCCGGGACGACUCUGACGAGGAGCAGCGCGCAUCACGAUACUAAAGAACACCGGGCUUCGUUGCAACAGCCGGUCAUGGCGAUGCACGCAGCCGUAUCGAGACUAGCAACGCAUCUUGUAACGUCUUACCAUCCAUCUUCUUUCGGUUCGGAGCCUCCCCACUGGGGCUUACCCAUAUCGACAGCUAAGCUGGCAUAUCCGAAUUCGAGGUAUCUGGGUCGUAGUCAAUUAUUGCGUACCCAAAAUCUCUCAACUAAGGGGGCAACAGAUUUUGAUAAAAUUGGUAAAGCUCAUAAUUCUCGAAAAAUAAUAUCAGGGAAGGAUCCUUCUGAUCCACAAACUUUUCUCCCCAUUACAGGCCACCGCUCUGGAAAACACCGCGUUGUUCCAGGUCCCUGGAAGCGGAAUUGUGUCGCCCCACUGAUCAAUACACGCCGUCCGAAAAAAAGAUGA